AUGUGGUGGAUCAAGUUUGUGUCCUUCUGCUUAGGACAUUUACUUGAAUGUGUAAAUGACAAGACAGAGGAUAAAUACUCGUCCAUCUCACUGAAUCAUCAGUGUUUUCUUGACUUCAGCGUUGCUCAACCUUUAUUCUUCCCUGAUUUAAACCUGAGAUACACUGAUAAAUCAUCAUCUCCUCGUCUCCAUCAUGAAUCUUCUUCUUCAUCUACUGAUGCUGUCGCUUCUCUCUGCUGGAUCAGAGUUGUGCAGAAUUUUGACAAGAGCUGUGGUAAAUUUUUUGCUUAUGGAAAAUCUCCAACAAGAUUUGAUGGAGAUCACUACAAGCAGAUCUGCCACGAGUGUUUGAGAACCACUGAUCUAGAUGAUGCUGUUCAUUUCGCCACAUUUUAUGACACUCACAACAAGAUCCCUGUGUACUCGGCCUAUGUGUUUGAAGGGCUAAUGGACUGCACAAGACUAAACAGCUGGUACAUUGAACCUCAGGAAAGUCUUGAUGAUGAUAAUAAUGCAGAAGAAAACAUGGAAUUUGAAACAUUUGUGGAUAUAGGGGAACUUGGAGAAAAUCAAGCUCUCAAUAAAGACUAUUAUAGAUCUGGCUUUGACAGAGGUCAUCUGGCUCCAGUUUACCAUGCAAACUCUCAAGAGUGUGCAGACGCCACCUUCACUCUCACCAAUGCUGCUCCACAAAACCACUCUUUCAACCGAGUUGAAUGGAGGUUACUAGAAAAAAGUAUUGCAAAUGAUCUGAGCAUAACCUGUGCAGAAUACAAUGUUUACAUUGUGACAGGGGUGGUACCAGAUUAUAACCAAACAAUCAACAACAGAGUGAAUGUGCCUAGUCAUUUCUGGACUGCAUACUGUUGCUUAGACCAAAAUAAUAGGUCUGCACACUCUGGGGGAGCCAUUGGAAUCAAUGACAAUAAUGGCUAUAUUACUCCUAUAAUUACUGUGGCUGAGUUAGAGACAGAGUUGGAGCGGUUGUAUGGAACAGCCUUUACAUUGUUUCAGAAUGGGCCAAUAAUAAGGCAGUUCUUUGCUUACAUGAGUGAUUAAACUGUAAACAUUUCAUGAAAUCUUUAAGUAGGAUUUCAUGAAGCUCAUCAUAUUUUCAAAUAUUACCGUACUGUAAUUAAACUGAUAAAACCUUUUAUUUCUAACACUUGUAAUGUUGCAGUUCUUGAGUUCAUGAGUUUCACGGCUGAUUAAAAAACAGACCUGGGAAAACAGUAAACCAGCAUUUAAUUGUUUAUGUUUUAUCAUCAUUUUGUUUAAAGACUGGAAAUAUUUUUAGGGUGAUGUUAUGUUGUAUUUCAUAAUCAAUGGCAAUGAUAAUUAUC